AUGAAGAAGCUUUUUAAAUUGAAUGCCGAUGAGCAAGCCCCUUUCUUUAAAUAUUUCUUUUUGACUACAAAAUUAAAGAUUGACAGAGAACAUGUAAAAAUGACAAUUGAUACAUCUGAUUAUCUGGGGAUGUUACCAAAACUGGAAGCAUUACAUCAUAAUAACAGCUACUGCCAACAUUAUUACUUCCGGUAUAUACUCGAUAUAAGUUCACGCAAGUGCUUAGAUAAAGUCCAAACAUUUUGCUCGGCUACCUUUCAUAAAGCUUUUAAAGUGAUCUACAAGUAUCGGGAAAAAUUGACUACUCUCGAAUAUACCCAUCGUAUUCUAAGCUAUUCACAAAUGCAUCGUUCGACUUUAUGCGAGUCAUUACGCCAUCUUAAAAACCCGACAAGUCUUACUUUGGUUAAUGCCUAUGUUAGUAAUCUGACACGAUUAGAAAUACAACUUGCCUGA